CCUCCUCCCUGUCCCCUGCAGGCAGGCGGCGGCAGGAGCAUGGAGGUGUCGGCGGGCGUGUGGGCGCUGGUGCUGGUGCUGGCGCUGGUGCCACUGCUCUAUGAGCUGAGCGGCUCCUUCCGCUUCGUGGUCAAGAUGGCCUUCUACAAUGGCUGGAUCCUGCUGCUGGCCGCCUUCGCCCUGCCCCUCUGCGCCGUGCGCGGCCGCUCCGUUGAGAACAUGAAGAUCCUGCGGUCCAUGCUGCAGCACGUGAAGCACCUGUACGGCAUCCGCAUGGAUGUUCGGGGCCUGGAGCACUUCGACCUCAAGGAGCCCUAUGUUGUCGUCUCCAACCACCAGAGCUCCCUCGACCUGCUCGGCAUGAUGGAGGUCCUGCCAGACCGGUGCGUGCCCAUCGCCAAGCGUGAGCUUCUCUACAUGGGUACCGUGGGGCUGGCCUGCUGGCUGGGCGGCAUCAUCUUCAUCAACCGCCAGAAGACGGACGAUGCCAUCUCUGUCAUGGCUGAGGCUGCCCGCACCAUGCUACGCGAGGACGUGCGGGUGUGGGUGUUCCCCGAGGGCACCCGCAACCACAACGGCUCCAUGCUGCCCUUCAAGCGCGGCGCUUUCCAUCUGGCUGUGCAGGCGCAGGUGCCGGUGGGGCCCAUCGUGAUCUCAUCCUACCAGGACUUCUACAACAAGAAGGAGUGGAGGUUCACUUCGGGGUCUGUCAUGCGCCAGUAUUGGGUGGUUUCUGAUUGGCCAUCAUGA